GAAACUGUAGUGGGCAGUAACGGCAACAAGUAACGAUGCAAAUGUCACGAAGAAGAAUCAGUUUACCGGAAGUAAGAGAAGCGGGAGAUUGAAAAAAGUAAACAAACUUUUUUAUCGGCGUGAAUUUUUUUCAGCCUGAACAUUAGCCAACAUGCAGAAGAAGACGCCCAAAUUGAAAUCUAUAAUCAAAGCAAAAGCGAAGACUAACAUAAUCGUGGGCACGGCGUCAGAAGCAAUGAUUGAACUCCUGACGUUGAUGUUUUUGAGCAACCUGGCGGAAGAGGCGAAGGCUAAAGCGUUUGAGGAGAAAUCUGCAACGAUCAGAGAUCAUCACCUCAAAGCAGUGUCCAAGAAAAUGCUGAAAAAAGCGAAGGGAUGAAGACGGGGAAGUUCACAUUUUCUAGGACGGCGGCAAUAUUUUUCCUUUUUCAUUAUGCAUCAUAUUUUUUCUUCUGAAAAUGUGUUAUUGUGUAAAUGUUUUCCUUUCACACAAUUUUUCUGUUCUUAAUUAAAUUCUUGUAAAUCCCU